GCAACUUUGGGGUUGUGCAACCCCGCGGGCACCAACCUGACACGGGCGACGUGUCACCACCACCCGAGGGGCCCUGGCCCCCAAACCCCCCGAGCCCGCCAAGGGGCUCCCGAGGGGGGGGACCCCGGGGGGUUCAGAUGCCACCGCCCAUCCACGGGGACACACGGGACCCCCCCGCGUCCCCCCAAAAGAACGGCCGCUCUGCGGCUUGGGCCGGGCGUGUCCCCAGGGGCAGCCCCGGGGCGGGUCCCCAGCCUCCCGUGGGGGAUAAAAGGGGCCCGGGGGUGGCCGUGGGGACAGCGAUGCCGAGCUCGUGGGUGCUGGUGCUGGCGGUGCUGGGGGGGGCCUGCGCCCUCCCCGGCCCGGCGUCCCUGUCCUACACCGAGGCGCUGGUGCAGGCCGUGGAUUCCUACAACCAGCAGCCCGAGGUGCAGAACGCCUUCAGGCUGCUCAGCGCGGAGCCCGAGCCCGGCCCGGGCGUGGAGCUGAGCUCGCUGCAGAGACUCAACUUCAGCAUGAUGGAGACCGAGUGUGCUGCCAGCGCCAGCACCAGCCCCGACGACUGCGACUUCAAGGAGAACGGGGUCAUCAAGGAGUGCUCGGGGCCGGUGAAGUUCCGCCAGGACUCGCCCGAGAUCGACCUGCACUGCUCCGACGCCUCCUCCGACCCGGUUCUGGUGCAGCGCGGCCGCUUCGGGCGCUUCCUGAGGAAGGUCCGGCGCUUCCGACCCAGGAUCAAGUACAACGUCCACCUGAGGGGCUCCGUGGGGCUGGGCUGAGCAAUAAAGGGGCCACCGGGAGUGGCCGUGCGGGCA